AUGAGUUUUUUCAACUCUUUUAUGCUAUUAAGUUUGCUUCUUUUUGUUGUGGCUCCGGUUCAUGGCUUAAAUUUAAGGAAGCUUGAUGAGACCACUGUUCCUGGACCGACUGAAGAGAAGUGCUCGCCAUGUAAUCCAAGUCCUCCACCACCAUCACUUCCACCAGUAGUAUAUCCCUCACCACCACCACCAUCACCACCACCACCAUCACCACCUCCACCAGUUUUAUACCCCCCACCACCACCUGCACCAGUGCUGACACCACCGACUCCAAAGAAGCCGCCAUCAGGUUAUAACUGCCCUCCACCUCCAGCCCCAUCAAAAUAUGAUCUUUACAUAACUGGUCCACCAGGGGAAUUGUACCCUGUUGACAAAGAUGUCAAUGCUGCUAGCCGCCAUGCCGUGAGUUUGCAAGUUUUGAUUGGAUGUGGAUUGAUAGGCUUGUUGGUAAGAAUUGGCUUUUAA